AUGGAAACUGACGAUUCCCUGUGCCCUGGGUUUCCCUGCAGGAUGUCUCCCAAGACCGAUUGCUCUCCUGGUGCCCAGGUGAACAGUGAGGGCGUGCAGUACUACAGUGUGUCUGAUGAUGAAGGCUCCGCUUCCUCCCUGGGCACUGGUAGCCUGCCUUCCUCUCCCAACCCUUCCCUGGCUCGGCUGCAGGCAGGAGGCUGCCCUGCAGACGAGGGGCCCUCUCCGGAGUGCCCGCAGAAGAAACAGAAGGCCAGAAGGGGACGCACAAAAGCCAAAAGCGAAGUGGUGCUGACGAAGCAGAAGAGGAACCGCAGGAUGAAAGCCAACGACAGGGAGAGGAACCGCAUGCACAACCUCAACUCCGCCCUGGAUGCUCUUCGCAGCGUCCUCCCCACCUUCCCCGACGACGCCAAGCUCACCAAGAUUGAGACGCUUAGGUUUGCCCAUAACUACAUCUGGGCACUGACCGAAACCCUGCGGAUGGCCGACCACAGCCUCCUGAGUGUGGGGCAGCAGGAGCUGGCCAGGGAGCCUUUCCGGCAGCCUCCUACCACCGCCUGCCUGCUGGAGCUGACCAGUCCCGGCAGCAUCUCGCCUUGUGAAUGGGACUCUCUGUACUCUCCAGUCUCCCAGACUGGCAGCCUGAGCCCCACUGACUCCCUGGAGGAAGGGCGCUCUUACCAGGCUGCGGACGCCCCGGCCUGCCUCAGGCACAGCCCUCAUGCCUUCCCAGAGUUUGUCUGA